AUGCUGGCUGUCCCGGAGAUGGGCGUGCAGGGGCUGUACAUCGGCUCCAGCCCAGAGCGGUCCCCCAUUCCCAGCCCACCCGGCUCCCCAAGGACCCAGGAAAGCUGUGGCAUUGCCCCCCUCACACCCUCGCAGUCUCCAAAGCCCGAGGCCCGAGCCCUCCAGCAGGCCUCCUUCUCUGUGGUGGUGGCCAUCGACUUCGGGACCACUUCCAGUGGCUAUGCCUUCAGCUUCGCCAGCGACCCUGAGGCCAUCCACAUGAUGAGGAAGUGGGAGGGCGGGGACCCAGGCGUGGCGCACCAGAAGACCCCCACCUGCCUCCUGCUGACCCCGGAGGGCGCCUUUCACAGCUUUGGCUACACCGCCCGCGAUUACUACCACGACCUGGACCCCGAGGAGGCUCGGGACUGGCUCUACUUCGAGAAGUUCAAGAUGAAGAUCCACAGCGCCACGGAUCUCACCUUGAAGACCCAGCUGGAGGCGGUCAAUGGAAAGAAAAUGCCUGCCCUGGAGGUGUUCGCUCAUGCCCUGCGCUUCUUCAAGGAGCAUGCUCUCCAGGAGCUGCGGGAGCAGUGCCCGUCGCUGCCCGAGAAGGACACUGUGCGCUGGGUGUUGACGGUGCCCGCCAUCUGGAAACAGCCCGCCAAGCAGUUCAUGCGGGAGGCUGCCUACCUGGCGGGCCUGGUGUCCAGAGACACUGCAGAGCAGCUGCUCAUCGCGCUGGAGCCCGAGGCGGCCUCGGUGUACUGCCGCAAGCUGCGCCUGCACCAGCUCCUGGACCUGAGCUGCCGGGCCCCGGGCAGCGGGCGCCUGGGCGAGCGCCGCUCCAUUGACUCCAGCUUCCGGCAAGCCCGCGAGCAGCUGCGAAGGUCCCGCCACAGCCGCACAUUCAUGGUGGAGUCGGGGGUCGGAGAGCUGUGGGCAGAGUUGCAAGCAGGAGACCGCUACGUGGUGGCAGACUGCGGCGGCGGCACGGUGGACCUGACGGUGCACCAGCUGGAGCAGCCCCAUGGCACCCUCAAGGAGCUCUACAAGGCGUCCGGUGGCCCCUACGGCGCGGUGGGCGUGGACCUGGCCUUCGAGCAGCUGCUGGGUCGUAUCUUCGGCGUGGACUUCAUUGCCACCUUCAAAAGGCAGCGGCCCGCAGCCUGGGUCGAUCUGACCAUCGCCUUCGAAGCCCGCAAACGCACGGCAGGCCCUCACCGCGCGGGGGCGCUCAACAUCUCCCUGCCCUUCUCCUUCAUCGACUUCUACCGCAAGCAGCGCGGCCACAACGUGGAGACGGCGCUGCGCAGGAGCAGCGUGAACUUCGUGAAGUGGUCCUCCCAGGGGAUGCUCAGGAUGACUUGUGAGGCCAUGAACGAGCUCUUCCAGCCCACCGUCAGAGGGAUCAUCCAACACAUAGAGGCGCUGCUGGCGCGGCCGGAGGUGCAGGGCGUGAAGCUGCUGUUCCUGGUGGGCGGCUUCGCCGAGUCGGCGGUGCUGCAGCACGCGGUGCAGGCGGCGCUGGGCCCCCGCGGGCUGCGCGUGGUGGUCCCGCACGACGUGGGCCUCACCAUCCUCAAGGGCGCCGUGCUGUUCGGCCAGGCGCCCGGCGUGGUGCGGGUGCGCCGCUCGCCGCUCACCUACGGCGUGGGCGUGCUCAACCGCUUCGUGGACGGGCGCCACCCGCCCGACAAGCUGCUGGUGCGCGACGGCCGCCGCUGGUGCACCGACGUGUUCGAGCGCUUCGUGGCGGCCGAGCAGUCGGUGGCGCUGGGCGAGGAGGUGCGGCGCAGCUACUGCCCGGCGCGCCCGGGCCAGCGGCGCGUGCUCAUCAACCUGUACUGCUGCGCCGCCGAGGACGCGCGCUUCAUCACCGACCCCGGCGUGCGCAAGUGCGGCGCGCUCAACCUCGAGCUCGAACCCGCGCCGGCGGACGGCGGCCCGGACGCCGCCGGCGCGCCCCCCGGACGCCGCGAGAUCCGCGCCGCCAUGCAGUUUGGCGACACCGAAAUUAAGGUCACCGCCGUGGACGUCAGCACCAACCGCUCGGUGCGAGCCUCCAUUGACUUUCUUUCCAACUGA